UCACCUUCACGCCCGUCACAUUCUCCUACUCAGCCAACCCCUCAACGGUAACCAUCUCCUCCUACCAACCCAGCUCACCCAAAAGCCUGGUCUCUUCCAUCUCCCACUCCAUCAAUUACCACUAGCCAGCCACUUCUUCCUGAAGUUCCUGAUAGUCGUUAGUGCUCGGGUAACUGCCGUCUUUAAAUCAAUUCUUAGUCUUAGUUUAGCUUCAAACACAGCGUCUAAGCGGAUUUCUGUGAGGGCGACUCUCCGUUUCUUACUCUUCCGUCGCUUAGUUCCGACCAGCGAGCACCUUGGCGAAUAGUUGCGUAACCGGGUCUAGUGGAGUUAGUUUCUUGCUAUUGGCGACAAGAUAUUUGUUACGCCUCAACAUCAGUGGUCUUAGCCAGCCUGAAACGGCGGCAACUGAGUUAUCAUGGGACACAAGGUCCACAAGCCAGGAGAGGAGCAUCGCUUUCAUUUCAUGACUCAUCACCAUGGCCACGCGCAAGCCGGCAGUCCCCGCCUCCGACGAACCCGCAUUCCGUCACGCGUGCUUGUGCAAACUAAAGCGGUUUUGUCGCGGCAGGCAAAGCGCCUAGCACGGAAAGCCGACGAGCUGGAGCACGUAAUCACCAAGGUCACCUAUUGUUUGGGUGUCCUUUGCUUCGGCAUCUUCUGUUUUCUUCUCGGAUCCCGGCCAUAUGACGUCCCUCGUUUAUACGCGGCUUUUUUCCUCAUGGCUACACCCCUCCGCUGGAUCUACUACCGGAGCAAAAAAUGGCACUACUUCCUCCUGGACUUCUGCUACUACGCGAAUGCGAUUCUGGUGGCGUUCCUCGUCUUCUUCCCCAUGAGCCAGCACCUCUUCCUCCUCUGCUUCGCCUUCUCUGAGGGUCCCUUAGCCUGGGCGCUCAUAGUGUGGCGGUGCAGCCUGGUCUUCAGCUCCGUUGACAAGAUCGUGAGCGUGCUGAUACACCUGUUACCCGGGGUAGUCAUCUUCAUCAUCCGCUGGUGGGACCCAGUCACUUUCCACCACCACUCGGCGGACGACACAGGCCCCUGGCCCGCGUGGCCGCACGUUGCCAGCAUGAGCGAGCUGUGGACUUGGAUGCUCUUCGUGCCUCUCGUGGCUUACAGCUUAUGGCAGAUCCUCUACUGGCUGGUGGUGGAGGUGCUGAGGAAGCACCGGCUGGUGAGGGACCCGGAGGUGAUGACGUCAUUCAGGGAGCUGUCUAAGAAGGCCUCCCGGGCGAACAACUUCUGGUGGUGGCUCAGUGGCGUGCUGGGGGACUCGCACCGCUUCUUCAUGUACGCCCUCAUCCAGGGCGUCUUCACGGUGGCCACGGUGGCGCUGACAGUGCCCAUGUUCUGCAGCUACCGCUUCCAUGCGCUCUUCCAGAUAUUCAAAAUCGCUGCAUCCAUUUGGAACGGAGGGAACUUCAUAUUUGAUGUCAUGCCGCGGCAAGUGCAUGCCAAGCGAAUGAAGAAGGCAGCCAGGGCAGAAGAUGGGGGAGGAGGAGGGGUGAGCAGCCCACAAAAAGACCCUCUGCUAGAAAGCCCCGAUGCGGAUGCGAAGUUUAGCUUUAGGGAAGAGGAGAAGGCAAGCGUGGUGCGGCGGGCAGAAAAACGGGCAGCUGCUGUCGAGGCAGCAGACGCAGCGGCUUCGCAAGAUGGGGCCUUUGUUCCGCCCAUCAGUGGGGAUUUCCUGCUUCCAGGAAACAACAGUUGGAGCCACGAGGGGGUGAAUGGCAGCUUGGCUGCUUACAGGGCAAGCGUACGAGGGAAGGGACAUGGGGGAGACGAGGAGGAGGAGAGUGAUGAUGAGGUGUGGGAGGAGGUGGGUUCAGAUGAGUUGAACGAGGAGGGAGAGGUGGAGGGAGAAGGGGAGAGGGAGGGGGAGGGGGAAGCGAGUGGGGAGCAGGAAGAGCCGCAUCAGCUGGAGCCAGAGGUGCACGGUGGUGCGUCUGGGGGUGGGUUUGGAGGUGGUUUGGGAGUAAAAAGGUGUGGAAGCAAGGUGGGUGGGCCUGCACACUCCGGGUUUGAGAGCUCUGGAGUAGCAAUUUCGUCACAAGGAGCAUAAUUUUCCAUGUGGAAGUGGUAGUAUACUCGUUGAAAGCGUACAUAGCGGUCAGUUGCCUAGUUACACGAAAAGGUGUAGCGGUCAGUUACACGAAAAGGUACAACAAUGAUAACCAAACACUGGCUGAAGGCAUGUUACAUGGCAUCAGGUCUACAUAAGUGUUGCAAAUUGACUCACGCCACGAGCUCUUUUGUGGGAACGAA